AUGACCCAAGGGAAGCUCUCUGUGAAUAACAAGCCUCCUAACUCCGAGGGACAGCAGGGACAGGGAGAGAAAAAGGACAAUGCAACCGCCCCAUCGGCACCCCCGACGUACGAGGAAGCAACUUCAGGGGAAGGGAUGAAAACGGAGGCGUUCUCCCCUCCACCGUCUGUGCCCCUCCACCCCAGCUGGGCUUAUGUGGACCCCAGUGCCAGCCCAAACUACGGGAGUGGAGGGUACCCCGGAGACACGGAGCUACUCACGACCUUCAACUGGGAUGACAAAAACGUGCGCAGAGUGUUCGUCAGAAAGGUCUAUGCCAUUCUUAUGCUCCAGCUGUCUGUCACGGUCAGCAUUGUGGCUCUCUUCACCUUCUGUGAGCCAGUCAAAGGUUACGUCCAGUCAAACCCAGCCUGGUACUGGGCUUCCUAUGCCGUGUUCUUUGUGACAUACUUGAUCCUGGCUUGCUGCUCCGGACCCAGGAGGUAUUUUCCAUGGAACCUGAUCCUCUUGAGUAUCUUUACUCUCUCCAUGUCCUAUCUCACUGGAAUGCUCUCCAGCUAUUACAACACCACGUCGGUUCUCUUGUGCCUGGGGAUCACAGCCCUGGUGUGUCUUUCCGUCACCAUCUUCAGCUUCCAGACCAAGUUUGACUUCACCUCCUGCCAGGGCGUCCUCUUCGUCAUGCUCAUGGUGCUGCUCUUCAGCGGGAUCAUCCUGGCCGUUCUCCUCCCCUUCCAAUACGUGCCGUGGCUCCAUGCCAUAUAUGCCGUGCUGGGUGCGAUUGUCUUUACUUUGUUCCUGGCAUUUGACACGCAGCUGUUGAUGGGGAACCGCCGGUACUCACUGAGCCCGGAGGAAUACAUCUUUGGAGCCCUCAAUAUCUACCUGGACAUCGUCUACAUCUUCUCCUUCUUCCUCCAGCUCUUCGGCUCCAGCCAGGAGUAA